ACGGAAAAUACUGUAGAGAAGAUAGUUGUCAAAAUCACAGUUUAACUGAGUAGCUAGUGCGGUUAAUUUGAACAAUAAAAUCAUUUCCAUUCUUCUUUUCUUUAUUUGAAAUGUGGAUUGCAAGUGGUUUUAUUUUCACCCUUAUUUAUUUUCAAUGUUGUCUGUGCAAACCAGGGCUGAAAUCAACAAUUUUUUAUUUAUCUAAAUUUGGUUAUAUGGAAGAAAUCGACAUGGAAGCGUCUUCAACAAUCAUUAAGGCAUCAUCGUUGAAAAAGAGCAUAGGACAGUUUCAGAAAUUCAUGGGACUUCCAGUAACAGGAAAACCGGACAAAGCUACUCUAAAAAUGAUGGGUAUGCCAAGAUGUGGAGUAAAGGACUUGAUGGGUCAAUCUGGAAAAAGAAAAAAAAGAUUCGAUACAGAAGGUAGCACUUGGGAGAAGAGAAAUAUAACUUACAGGAUAAACAAGUAUCCGACAAAGCUGAAAAGGGAUAACGUUGACAGUAUAAUCAGAAAAGCCUUCGACUUAUGGGCAAAACAUGCUGAAAUCAAUUUUGAGAGUCGUAAAAAUUCUAAUGAAAAAGUUGACAUGGAUAUUUCAUUUAUUACGGGCAAACAUGGAGACGAUACUCCUUUUGAAGGACCUGAAGGUGUUUUAGCUCACGCAUUUUUUCCUAAAUUUGGAGGCGACGUUCACUUCGAUGACUCUGAAGAAUGGACCAUUGACUCACCAAAGGGUAUUAACUUACUUCAAGUGGCCAAUCAUGAAAUAGGACAUGCUUUGGGAUUGCUGCACUCUGAUGAACUUGACUCUUCUAUGUCGCCAUUGUACAACGAUUUCAUUCCAAAUUUUAUGCUCCAUACAGAUGAUGUACAGGGUAUACAGAAAUUAUAUGGAAAAAGAAUAGAUCACAAGUUGAAGAAGCCUCCAAAAACAUCUCAAGAGAUUUGGGACGAUUAUUGGGAGAAUUUGGUCGAUUAUUAAAUUCAAAAUUGAAACAUGA